GCCUGUCGUAUGUUCUGAGGGUCGCAUACAAAUUGGAUCAUGCAGCUUGAUAGCAGAUCUCAGCGACUGUUUCUCCGAGCUGGCUUCCUCUUCUUUGCGUCUUUCCUGGCACUUGUUGUUAUGACGCACAUGUCUGCUAAACCCACUGAGUUGACCUACUGGGAGGAUCAGACGGGGCUCCCAAGUCGACAACAGAGAUGGUUUCAGUGGCAGGCAAUGCAGGAUGCUGGUCCUCCGAUCGGGGAGCAUGGGAUGUGGUGGGACGGGGUGGAUAGAAUGCACAUGUUUGAAGGGGAUCUCCCGGUACUUGACCCUGAAGACCCUCACUACGGUGAGACUUCGCCCAUCC